GAAGACAGGCACUGCAGGCUGCUCUUCUUCUUCUGCACCCCUGUGCCCUGCCCGGGCAUCACAAGGAAGGAAAACUCUCAAAUCCCACCUCUGCUCCACAGUGGGACCGAGGAGAAGACCAAGAAGUUCUGUGCAGGGCAGAGACUUUCACUAUCGCUUUUGGGCUGGCUGCAGAAAUCCUCCCUUUAUCACUGCUGUGCAGUGGGAGGGAAGGUGAAGUGGGGGCUCCGUGCCAGGGCCGGAGGCUGGAGCUCUGCAGAGAGUUGCACAGGGCGAGUAAACAUGUGUGGUGCUCGGGUCCUGCCCGGUAGCAGCAGCAGCCCAUGAUGCUGUGCUUGGAAUGAAGUCAGCCUUCAUCAGCCGAAUAGUUUAUGCAUGAAUCGAAACUUCAGACCUGGCAGGGUGGGGGAACGUGCAGGAUCUGUGCUCUUUUAAAAUGCUGGAGCCAAGGCAGGAGGAGGGGAUAGAGGAAACAGCAGGAAAAUAAGACUGAGGAAGAGAGGAGAGAUUUGAGAAGCUGGAUGAGUUGUUCGCUCUGUUAUUGCAAGGAGCCAAGUUCCUUAAGCAUCUCCUGGUGGAUAUUAAGAGGGAGCUGUGGAGGCUGGACCGUUCCCCUGGACACUCGCAUGCUGUAGCUUUAAGACUGUUUUACAGAGGACUCAGGAUUUCCAGUUUUCCUGCGCCUGGUGGAGUAUUUCAGGGAGUUACAGGAUUUUUCGGGUCAUGCACCCCCUUUUCCUUUUUUCUUUCUCCUUUCUCUUCCUCUCCUAUUCUUCCUUUUCAUUUCAAAGAGACAAAGCUACUUCAGUUUGGAGCACAAACAUAUGAUCAGCACAUGGAAAUGUGGUAAUUUGGAUGCAUUCAUGAUUACAACAGAUUGAAGAAAUUAGACCAGACAAAGAGCUUUUUUUGGAAGAGGAGGAGGCAAGGAAAGGAGGGAGGGAGAGUGGGGGAAAGAAGGGGACGCCACUGAAAAAAGGGACGGCCGUGACACGCGGAUGCUAAAUAUAUCCUGUAGUAAUGGAGAGGGACCGGAUUUCAGCUCUGAAAAGGUCUUUUGAGGUUGAGGAGGUAGAUCAGUCUUCAAAUUCCUCCACCCCACAAAGACGGACCCCAAACCCCCUCCUCAGGUCCACUGUGUCCAGCUCCACACAGAAGUUUCAGGAACUUGGCGCCAGGAAUUCGGAGCCAUCAGCCCGACAUGCAGACCCCACAGGCCAAAGAUCACCCAAACCCUCUCUGAGGAGAGUGGAGCUGGCUGGACCCAAAAUGCCUGAGCCAGUGUCCAGAAGAACAGAAAUCUCCAUUGACAUCUCAUCCAAGCAGGUGGAGAACUCCACCCCGGGGUUGUCCAGGUUUGGCCUCAAAAGAGCAGAUGUGCUGGGCCACAAACCCCCCGAGCCCACCCCAAGGAGGACUGAGAUCACUCUCGGCAAGCCCCAGGAGCCGGGUCUCCGGAGGGUGGAGGCACCGCCAUCCAAGAUCCCCGAGAUGCCCCAGCGAAGAGCUGAGGCGGCCGCCGCUCCUGUGCCCGACGUGGCCACCAAGCGCGUGGAAAUUCAGGUAGCAAAGGCUGCAGAGGUCCCAGCUCCACCAGCGCGGCAAGUGGAGAGCUCAGAGCCUCCCCUGGCCACCCAGCCUCCCCCAGCAGAACCAAAGCCCCAGCCAGUGCUGAUGGAGAGCCCACCAAAGAGAGAAGAUGGUCCAGAGGCAGUUCCCAGCCACGCACCCGGCAUGACGGACGUUCCGCGGGAUGCCGGCCCCAAGCAGGCGGCGCCGACGCGGCCGGACAAACCGGCUGCAGACUUCGGCUACGUGGGGAUAGAUGCCAUCCUGGAGCAGAUGAGGCGGAAAGCCAUGAAGCAGGGCUUCGAGUUCAACAUCAUGGUCGUGGGUCAGAGUGGCUUGGGGAAAUCCACGUUAAUCAACACCCUCUUCAAAUCCAAAAUCAGCCGGAAAUCUGUACAGCCAACUUCUGAAGAGCGGAUCCCCAAGACCAUUGAAAUCAAAUCUAUCACUCAUGAGAUUGAAGAGAAAGGAGUUCGCAUGAAGCUGACAGUCAUUGACACCCCGGGCUUUGGAGACCACAUCAACAAUGAGAACUGCUGGCAGCCCAUCAUGAAGUUCAUCAACGACCAGUACGAGAAGUACCUGCAGGAGGAAAUCAACAUCAACCGGAAGAAGCGGAUCCCCGACACGCGGGUGCACUGCUGUAUAUACUUCAUCCCGGCCACCGGCCACUCGCUCCGACCGCUCGACAUCGAGUUCAUGAAACGCCUGAGCAAAGUGGUCAACAUUGUCCCCGUGAUUGCGAAAGCCGACACGUUAACGCUGGAGGAGAGGGACUACUUCAAACAGAGGAUAAUGGCUGAUCUUCUUGCCAAUGGGAUCGAUGUGUAUCCUCAGAAGGAGUUUGAUGAAGACUCUGAAGAUCGGCUAGUGAAUGAGAAAUUCAGGGAAAUGAUCCCAUUUGCAGUAGUGGGAAGUGACCAGGAGUACCAGGUUAAUGGAAGAAGAAUCCUUGGAAGGAAGACCAAGUGGGGCACCAUUGAAGUGGAGAACACGACACACUGUGAGUUCGCCUACCUGCGGGACCUCCUCAUCAGGACGCACAUGCAGAACAUAAAGGAUAUUACCAGCAACAUCCACUUUGAAGCCUACAGGGUGAAGAGGCUGAACGAGGGCCAGAGCUCGCUCUCCAACGGCGUGACCGACAAAGAGCUGGUGGCUCACGAAAUGUAACCGUCUCGCUCCGUAGCCAGGACCUUGCUCGCUCACGCUCGCUAUUUCUCCCCUUUUCCCUCUUUAUUUUUAUAUAAAUCCUCUGCCACUGUCCCUCUUCCCACCCCCCCUAGCCCCCUGCCAAUGUUAACUGACCAAAUAACCAGACGCUGUCUCUGUCGUGCGGAGCGGAGUGACCGCUCGCUCCCACCUGCUCCAUGGCUCGGGUUUUCUGCUCAGCACCCCCCAGCAGCCCUGGGCUGGGGACCUGUCCCCUGCAGAGGUUGGGCUCUCACUGGCCCCCAGUGUUGGCUUGACAGCCAAGCUCAGGGGAGCAGAUCUGAGGGCCCGGCAGGGUUGGGAUGCCCCCAGGAGCCCUGCCUGCCCAUCCAUGCAGAGGCUCUUCUCCGUCCGUUGAAGGCAAGGGUUCCUCCAGGUGAACGUAGCCUUUGGAAGCAAGGUACUGGUAUGAAGAGUGCAAGACGGUGCCAUCCUUGUCUCCUGCCACCUCCUCCAAGCCCUCUGCAGCCCUUUGGGAACCACCAGCCCCCAACCCAGCCCCUCUACCUUGCCUACAUGCAAUAAACUGGGAGUGUUUAGGUGUCACCUCGCCUGUCACUGACCCCCGGCCAGGCAGAGUGACCUGCUUUGGGAGAAGUGCCUUUUCAGACUGUUACCUUGCAAUAGCCUGGGAGUGGGAAGGGAGGGAGGGCUGCCUUGUCUGUCUUUACAGCCUACAAAAGGUCUGCAACACUUUGUAGAGACUCCUUUUUCCUCUCCUUUGGGCCACAGAUGUGGCUGAUGUCCUGGGAACAUUCGUAUAUUUAUUUUUCAUUCAGUUGGGUGGGUUUUUUUCUGCUGAAGGCUCCAAGUGUGUUUGUCCAAAGGGGGCUGAGAGGGGAACAUCUCUGCAAAGCGGUGGUGGGAGAUGGAUGGCUGUCCUGUCUGACCUGUGUGAUUCUUGGGCUUUUCCCUAUGUCAGGAGGCUGUUGGGUAUUUUUUUAUUUCUUUUUUAUUAUUUCUUUGAUCCCCUGUGUGACAUGUCUGUGUAACACACUCCUCUGUUCUGCUAGUCCUUGUGCAAGGGGUUUGUCCCUGUGCAGACCGAGCCCCGCAGCCGUGGGGAGGGCUGGGGCAGUGUUUGUGGGUGCUGUGCCCCAUGGCCCCCCCUGCUCUGCCCCUCAUCACCUCCUCUUUCAAUGAGUCUCCAGUAAGUAAGACCCUGCAAGGGGGAGUUGGUGAAAUAACACCAUGACACAGCAGCAGGUGGUCCUGGAGCAGAGCUCUGCAGUCCUGCCCCCUCCCCAGCUCUGCUUGCCUUUCUGUUGUCUGCCCCGUCAGUCUCCGUAUCCUCUCUAAGGGAGAAAACUUUCUGCAAAUCACCUUUUUUGGUUUUUUUGAGGGGAGGGCACAUCCCAUAAUGGCAGCGUGUCCCACCCUCUAGCACUGGAAGGCACCUGCAAAGCCCACCUGAUGGUCUCCACAGAGGGCAGAGCCACCUUCUUCAGCACAGGUGACCAGAAGGAAGAAGGUUGCUCUCCUUCUUGGUGGGCAUGCCCAGAUAACCUUGCUCAGCGGGGGGUUUGCAGGGGCUCCCCACACACAUCCCCCCCACCCCAGCAGCCAAAGGGGUGUGUGUGGGGAGGAGCACCACAAGGAGAACCCACUCUCCCCCUAACUCACAUUUCUCCCCCUGCUACAGCACGACUGUUGGGGAAGAACAACUCUCUACUUGCUGACUUGCUAUAUUUUAGCAAAAACAAGACCCAAAAAGGUGUAUUAAAUGAAAAUAUAUAUAUAUAUAUUUCAAGUGUUAAAGAAAAAGACUAUGAAAGGGGAGAAUAUCUCUUGUGUGAGGCACUUCUGCAAAUAUCAUCUUAAACUUUUCUUUUCCUCUAGUUGAUAUCUCAAGCUGGGUCAAGCAAGACACGCUGCUUUCUCCUUUGUAACCUGAUCUAUUUUUUUUGAAGAAAAAAAUAAAUAAUACAAUUUAAAAAAAACAACAACAACAACCCAAAACACAAAAACAAAUCAUCCAGAUCUAUUCAAAUGGCCUUUUGGGGGUUCUAAGCAUUAUGACAAAUUUAGUCCCUUUUUUUUUGUAUAAAUAAUAGUGUUUAAUAUGUAUUUCCCAAAAUAAAUGUUUCAAAUGCAACUAGAA